AUGGCACCAAAAGUUAUCAUCGUCACUGGUGCUAGUCGUGGAAUUGGGCUCGCCGUCGCGCUUUACCUCCUAAACGCAUCUCACAAAGUCGUCCUCGUCUCGAGAUCAGAGGAGCAGCUGAAGGGCCUGAAAGGCAAAUUCCCGUCCCAAGUCGAGUACAUCGCCGCCGACUUGACCAAUGUCAAUGUUGCCGCGGAAGUGACUAAACUCGCUAUCAAGUCUUUCGCCAAGAUAGACGGAGUCGUCAUUAAUCAUGGAGUCCUGCACCCAAUGGCGCGCAUCGAAAAGUCAUCGAUUGAUGAGUGGAAGGAACUCUUCGACGCAAACCUUUUCAGUGCACUUGCUUUGGCCAAGGAAACUAUACCCCACCUGCGGACCUCCAAGGGCAGAAUCAUUUUCACUUCCUCAGGUGCGGCAAAGCGCGCAUAUACUUCAUGGGGAGCGUACGGCGCAUCCAAGGCCGCCCUGAACUCGCUCGUUCAACACAUCGGGGUCGAGGAGCCAGACAUUGUCGCCGUGGCGCUUGAUCCAGGACGCACCGACACAGAUAUGCAGAAGGAUAUCCGAGAGACCGGAGCUCCAGGCAUAGCCAUGAGCGAGGCUGACCACGCCAAUUUCAAGGAGGUUUUCGAGAAGGGCGGAUUAAACAAGCCGGAAUGGCCAGGCCACGUAAUUGCAAAGCUGUCGCUUGACGCAAAGCCCGAGUUCUCAGGCAAAGUCAUCCUGUGGAAGGCCCCAGAGCUCGCAGAGUACCGGGAGUAG